AAGCAUACAUAACGAUUGGCUAUCUGAUAUGAUUGCUGAGGAAAAAGAUAUAACAAAAAUAAAAGUAUUCCCUUUAGGAAAAUGACAUCACGUCAUUACGUCAUGGAGAGGAAAGACGAUCGGAUAAAAUUGUUGCCUGCCUUGCCAGUCUGCGAUGUCCGGACUCACAAUCAUUACUUUCCCGAAGACCGGCAAAGAAAGAGUGUCUCGUUAAAUUGUUAAAUCUCGUUAAACUCCUCAAAUUGUUUUCAGAGUGAAACUGCAUUUCAUGAUGGAUUUAACCACCACCGUUUUUGUAACGGAAGAUGCACUUCAUACCACUCAGUACGAUUUUGAUGUCGACAAUAUAACAUACCUCACUCAAGAUUUCUACUUAACAUCACCAUCAUUGACUACAACAAACAAACCAAUUGAAGAUGAAUACGGAGGUCCCACUAGACUUGAUGUGAUUCUUGGUGUCGCAAUGGUGUUCUUGAUCAUUCCUACUGUCACUGGGAAUGCCCUCAUACUCAUAGCAUUUUGGAAGACUCGUCGUCUUCGCACGUACUUCAAUUAUUUCAUUUGUAGCAUGGCGUUUUCUGAUCUUACAAUUGGCGCCAUCAACAUGCCCAUAUACUCUAUUGAGUUUUUCCGUGGUCGGUGGCCGUUUGGUCCCAUGGCUUGUCUUAUUUUCUCCAUCAUCGAUCAUGUUUUUGUCCACGUUUCCGUGCUAUCAGUGGUGGUCAUUGCCAUCGAUCGUUACAAAUCUUUAGCUGAUCCCUUAACACAUCUCAGGAGAAAGUCUCCUUGUCGUGCUAUUAUAGUGAUACUCACAACUUAUCUGAUUCCAAUUGUCUUGUGGACUUGGUUUGUUCUCUUUCGGAAGCAAGGCAGAAACGAAAACUGUUACACAGGAAAGCGUGGAGAAUUUCCGUUUAAUUUCGUCACACCCUUUUUUCUCUACCUGAUUCCUCUUGUGAUUUUAGCCUCCUAUUGCAUCGCCAUCUAUAAAAUUAUUAGGAGUCGAAAUUCUAACCGGAUGUCGGAUAAAAUGAGCACUAGUCGGCUUUCACUCACAGAUUUGGGUCGACCUCGAGAAAAUGAGACCAAACUUAGCAUUCUGUCUUCUAUGGAUGUUAGCGGUUCCGUUGAAAGAGGGACUCUUAAUCCAGUUUGCUCGACAGAAGAUAUUGAUCCAGUUCAGAUUGAGAGCCAUCCAGGAUGCAAGCCGGAUCUCAACGAUGCACCUAAAAUCGGUCAGUUGAAUAGUGAAUCAACUGAAAAUAUGGACUCUGCAAAUCGAAAGGAUCUUAGCGUUUGCUCAUUUGGCAGUGAAAAUGAAACCGUUUUUACAAGAGAAUCACUCGCAAUAUCCGACGAAUUCAUUGAACAAGGACAUUCGUCACAUGGGCGGAAUGAUAAAGAAGAUGCAGAUUGCGAUGUCGAUACGCCCACUACACAAUCACAAACUUAUUCAGCCUCGGAACAAAGAGUUUACACUGCUCAAAACAAAAUGCAGUUAAAAGAGCCAGCUAGUGAUGGGAGAGCUGCAUCAACAGAAGGCCUCUCGAUGUCAAAGCCGUCUGAAGAAAACCGAAAAGCCGUUCGUACUUUAUCAUUCAUCGUGCUAGCUCUGGUUGUAUCAUGGUCACCAUGGGUAAUCUUUGUAUUCAUAGAAAAUAUCUGUGGAAAGAACUGCAACGUGGAAAGUGUGUACCACGUGAGUUUCUUCUGGGUAUACGUAAACAGUCUUUUGAACCCUUUCUGCUAUGCCGCAGCUAAUCGCACAUACCGACGUGUCAUUAGAGAAUUCUUCAGAAGGUAGGCGUCACCAGAGAUGUCACCAUCAACAUUUUCACUGCCAAUCUGUAAACUCGACUUGGUCAAGAUCUACCUAUUAUGGGGGCUUCGAUGCCUCCGUCCAUGUACCUCGACAAAGGUCAAUUUUCCAUGAUCGGCAGCGAUUUGUCUACCUUCAUCAUUAUCCUGGUCAGAGUCACAAGGAGGGCACGUAACAUGUUUCAGUAGGGAAUCAGAGUGUUGUCGACCAACCAACUCGAGAAAGACUGAUCCCAACUACAUCCUUUACUUAAACAUAAGAAAUGUGAAUGGGCCUGAAGACAAGUUGGCAGUUAAGUAUUGAAAACCAAACCCUAAUAUAAUAUAACAUUGAUGCUAUAUUUUAAAUUUAAGUGAGGUAUAUUCAAGCCUGCUAGUUGUCUGCUAUACAUUUGAAGGGUAAAUAUAAAAGUCAUCUUUACAUUGUUUUAUUUAUUUCCCUCACGAACUUCCCCGAAACUAAUUCUUCAUUCUGGCUAAUUCGAAUCGAUCACUUUUGACCCUACAUGCAUUAGGGCUUUGCAUUCAACAAUAAUCAAAUACACCCCCCCAAAAAAAUAGAAAUAAAGGGGGAUGCGCUAUUUAAUGUUGAUGAAUAGUGUGAUACUAGUAUUUAUAUAAAAAUAAACAUUUAUACGUGCAGUGGUGCUUAAAAGAUGGUACCAGAAAAUGUGAAUAUUCAAAGUGUUCAAGUUCUACUAUGUUUUAGAUAUUUUUAUUGUAAAGUCAGACGAUGAAAUAUUACAUUCAAUAAAGCUUGUUUCUGUGGGCUCAC